UUUUGCUCUCACUUAUCCGCUGGAUAGCAUCUUAUCAGUUGGAUGGCAUUACAUACCCUUAAUACAACUGGCUCCAGGCCUGUCUACUACCUGACACAAAACCAACUUCAAGAGCUUGACAUGGCAGAAUCCAUGGUAAAUGAACAGCACCCGCCAUCGGGCUAUGAGGACAUCUUUGUAGACGCUGUUGAUCAAGAUUGCCAAUGCCUGAUAUGUCAUUUACCGCUUAGAGGGCCCUUUCAAACGAGAUGUGGCCACAGAUACUGCAAAGAAUGCCUUUUCGAGCAUAUUAGAAGGCAGCGGAGUCAAGGACAGUUUUUAACUUGUCCAUUCGACAGGCAGGAUCUGGAUCCAGUCCGGGACGUUUUCCCUGAUACAGCAACAGAAAGGAAGAUACUUACCCUCGCAAUCAGAUGUCCUCGUGAAGGUUGUGAAUGGACUGGCGAACUGAGGAACAAGGAGGAACAUUUGACACAAUGCGGAACUUGUCCUAACAAUUGUGGUCAUUCAGUUUCCAGGGAAACGGUUUUGACUCACAUCAGAGAUGAAUGUCCGCUAGCUGUGGUCUCCUGUCCAUAUACGCGCGUGGGCUGUGAUACAGUGAUUCAAAGACAAACUGUGGAACCUCACCUUCAGAAUGGCCUGAACCUUCAUUUGAACUUAGCAUGCUUGAAGCUAAAUGAGACAAUAGUUGAGUUGGAGGAAACAAAGAGGCAGCUUCAAACGACAAGACUACAACUUGACAGAACAAAAGAAGAAUUGGAUAAAACAACAUUCAUCUGGAAGAUUUCUGGUUUCAGUGGGAUUUUCACUCAAGCAAUAGCUUGACGGAUUCAGUCUAUAAAUAGCAUUCCAUUCUACACGAAAAAUGGAACAGGAGAUUAUGGCUACAGGCUUAAAGUUCGAAUCCUUCCUAAUG